AUGGCCCUCCCAUUCUCAGGGACUAUCUCAGCUCAACAACUCGCCGACCUCUUACCCAGCGGAAUCGCCAUCCUGAAUACCCGCGACGAGUCGAUCUUCGUGAACCGCCGCUUCGAAGAACUCGCCGUCUCGCACGCCCCCACGACAUUCGACCGCUGGAGUCCGUCCAUCCACGAAGACGACUACGACCGCGUCGCACGGGGCUACGCCGACGCUUUACGUUCACGAUGCUCCCUGCGCGAAGACUACCGCAUCCGCAACCACUGCUGCAUGUGGCGGUCUGUGGUCCUGACGCCGCUCGCCCGCUCCGAACUCCACCACUUCAACCUGGCGCCUGACAGGACCGGCCGCGGCAAGGGCGGGAGCGAAGGAGGAGGCUUCAUCUGCACGAUAGCGGACAUCACGCAGGAGAAAACGGCGGAGCUCUCGCAGCGAAAGAUCGCGCAGGAGGCGCAAGACCGCAAGGAGCAGCAGGAGCGAUUCAUCGAUAUGAUCAGCCACGAGGUGCGAAAUCCCCUGUCCGCCAUUCUGCACUGCACCGAGGAUAUUCUGGAAGCGAUCCAUAACCGGGAUAAGGCGGAUAUCGACGUGCCGGAUAUUGCGACGGCGGCGGAUACGAUCUCGUUGUGUGUGGCGCAUCAGAAGAAGAUUAUUGAUGACGUGUUGACGUUCUCGAAGCUGGAUGCGUCGAUGCUGUCGUUGUCACCGAGACGGGUCAUGCCGAGACGGGAUAUCGCGACCUCGUUGACGAUGUUUCGGCCGGAGUUGAGGAAGCGUGGCAUUCAUUUUGAGUAUGUGUUGGAUCAGUCGUAUGCGGACUGUGGGAUGGAUUGGGUCCUGGCGGAUAUGGAUCGUAUGGGCCAGGUGUUGAUUAAUUUGCUGUCGAACGCGAUUAAAUUCAUGGCUAAGUCGGGCGAUUCGAAGACCCUGCGUGUGUUGAUGGGCGCGUCGGCGAAGCGUCCGGCGUCGUAUCCGCCUGACGUGGUGUUUUUCAAGUCGGACGAGACGGCGCUGCGUAUGGACGCUACGUCGCGACCGGAAUGGGGCAAGGGUGAGGCGGCGUACAUCAUGGUGGCCGUGAAGGACAGCGGGAUCGGCAUCAGCGACGAGGCGCAGAAGCGCCUGUUCGAGCGAUUCAACCAGGCCACGCCGCGCACUGAGAGCAUGUACGGCGGAUCCGGGCUGGGUCUCAACGUGUCGCGCAAGCUGUGCCAUCUCCACGGCGGCGAGAUUGGCGUCAGCUCGAAGGAAGGCGGGGGCAGCACGUUCGGAUUCUUCUUCACGGUGCGACGCUGUCCGGCCGCCUCAGAGGAUGACCCGCCGCGCCAGAAGAAAGACGCCAUCGACGAGCUGUGCAGCGAUAUUCAGAAGCUGGGCAACGAGCUGACCGGCGUCAAUCGACAGACAAUCGAGCCUAAGAUUCCCGAGGCCCCGAUGAUAGCCAAUCUGAUGGAUGCGCCCCCGGACAGUGACGGCAGACAAGAGCACACAGACAAACUCCGAAAACAGACCAAGUCCGGACAGACAGUGGUUACUUUGCCCAAAUCAAAUUCGGAGACGCCGGGUCCAUCGUCGCGGUCGAAUUCUCAGGCAACCGGCUCCUCCUCGUCGACGGCACGACACAUCCUCCUGGUCGAAGACAACGUUAUCAACCGGCAGGUGCUCUCGCGCAAACUGAAGUCUCUCGGCUUCCAGGUCUCCGAGGCCAGCAACGGUCAAGAAGCGCUGGACGCUGUCCAGAUGUACUCGUUCGACUGCGUGUUGAUGGACCAAGUGAUGCCCAUCAUGGACGGCAACGAAGCAACGCGCAAGAUCCGGGACAUGGAACGACAGUCGAAAGCCCACGUCCCCGUGCUGGGUGUGACGGCCAACGUGCGCGAGGCGCAGCAGGUCGAUAUGAUGGCGGCUGGCAUGGACGAUAUCAUCCACAAGCCGUACAAGACGAAUGAUCUUUCGGAGAAGAUAAACCGAUUGAUACGAGGGAGGGACACGGAUACGGAUAGACGGUGA